AUGAGGACGUCCAGCGCGGGGAGGCCGCUCCGGCCCGGGGCUGCGCCCCAGGUGUGGAUUUGGGGGGACCCAGCGGAGCUGCCCGCCGCCCUCUCACCCCAGGCCGGAAGGGGGCAGGACGGGCGCUCUGGAGCAGGGACGCCUGGAAUGAAUGGCCCCGAAGGGAAAGGGCUGGCGGCCCCGGGUCCCCGCCGAGACGGGAAGCAGUGUUGGUACCGGGGGACACGGGGCGAGGGGGCUGCGCCCGGCCGCCCGGGCCCAGGGUCGCCACGCCGCUCGGCCCGGCCCGCAGCGCGGCGCCAAGGCUCCGGUUCCCGCCUCUCGCCUCCGAGCCAACAGGUCAGGGCCCGCGCGGGGCCGUCCCGCAGCCGCCGCCGCCCCGCCCCGCUCCCUCUCCUCGUCCUCCAGGCCGGGCCGGGCUGGGGCCCGGCCGGGAGCGGGGAGCGACCUUCCCCGCGGCCGGCCCGCCGCUCCCCGGCCCCGCCGCGCACACGCACGUGCGCGGGCGCUGAGCAGCCGGCCCGCGACCCCGCCACCCCGCACCCCGGGAGGCGCGAAGUUGUGCGGAGUCGCGAGGCGGGUGUGGCCCCGCCGCCCGGCCGGGCUGCACCGGGAUCGCGAGCCAGCGAGGGCGAGGCGGGGAAGGGAAAGCGGGUCGGCCCGCCGGGACCCGAGACCCGGCCUGGGGCCCGGCUCCGGGCUCCGCUCCCCGCCCUCCGCCUCGGGCCCCGGGCAGAGCGCCCGGCCCGCGCCGCCGGCCGGGUCCGCGGCCAACAGAGCCCAAGUCGCUCGGACGAGGCCACCAAGUUCCCGGCGCGGGAGCCCGGCCGGGCCGCCGGGACCCCCGCCCGCCUCGGCGCCGCGCGAGGGGAGGGAGCGGAGUCCGGCGAGGAGGCGGCGGGGCGGAGGAGGCAGGGAGGACCGGAGGCUCGGCCGCCCGGGCCGCCCGGGGACGGAGGAAAAGUCCCGGGAGCAGCCCCGGGCUCGCGCCCGCCCCCACCCACCCGUACUCGGCCGAGGAGCGGAGGCCGGCGGCGGCCGGAGGGUCGCGGGGAGCGCGGGGCGAGCUCCGGCCCCCCGCUCCGGCCCGGCCCCGCGCCCCGACCCCCGUCCCGGCCCUGCGCCCCCGCCCCGCGCCCCGACCCCCGUCCCGGCCCCGCGCCCCGACCCCGUCCCGGAUCCCGCACCCCACGCCCCGCACCCCACGCCCCGGCCCCCGCGCCCCGGCACCCGCCCCCGCACCCCGGCACCCGCACCCCGGUACCCGCCCCACGCCCGGCCCCUCGCCCGGGCCCCCGCCCCGCGCCCGGCCCCGCGGCUUACCCUUGGCUGCGGCGAGGGGCCCCGCGCGCAGAGCCGCCAGCAGCGGCAGCAGCAGCAGCGGCGGUGGCGGCGGCCGGAGCGUCCUCCGCGCGGUCAUGUCGGCGGCCGGUCCACGCGCGCCGCGCCGAGGGCCGCCGGGGCGCCGCGGGGCUGCGCCCGGAGCCGGGGAGCCGCCCGGGGAGCGGGCAGGACCCGCCGCGCGCCGCUCGCCUCGCGCAGGUCCGGGCGCCCGGCCCGCCGGCCGCUCUUAGCAUCGGGCGGGAGCCAGCGCCGGGCCGCGCGGCUCCGCGGGGGCCCCGGGUCGGGGCCGGGCCGCGCUCGGGGCCGGGCUGCGCGGCGAGGCGGCGCGGCGAGGCGAGGCGCGGGGCGGCGGCCGGGCUCCGCGGCGAGGCUGCGAGGCGAGGCUGCGAGGCGAGGCUGCGAGGCGCGCGCGCCGCCGGGAGCCCUGGCGAGGAGGCGGCCGGAGAGCGGGGCGGGCGGGCGGCGCGUGGGAGCCGCGGGAGGGGCGGGGGACGCGAGCCCGGCCGGGGCGCGCGCGGCGGGCGGGAGCGCGGGAGACGGGCUGCGCCGCCGCGGCGCCGGGCUCCGGCUCCGACCCGCGCGCGCGGGGAGGCGGAGGCUGGGCGCCGCGCAGCCCCGACGCAGCCCGGCCUCGGGCCCGGGCGCCCCGCGCGCGCCGCGCUCCGCUCCGUGCCGCCCCCGGCGCGGCUGCGCGCGGGCCGGAGCGGGCGGACUUGUUGGGCGUCCGCGGCGGGGAAGCCCAGGCCGCUGUGGAGGGGUGGAGGAGGGCGCGUGCGGGGCGAGGGCGGCUGCGGGGGGGGCGUCCCCCGCCCAGACCCCGCCUAG